AAAUACUAAAUUUAAUUUAUUUAGAUACAGACAGUUGCUACUUUGCUAUACAUCAUAAAAGACUAGGGGAUAGUGUUGCAACUCACAUGAAAGCUAGUUAUAAUCUUCUUAAAGAUCAACAUGUGGAUUCAACUUCAUUGUUAGCUGGGUACCUGGUGACAGAAAAUAUAGUAGAUGUGAUGAACAUAUACGGAGAGAAGAUGUAUAGACUAGAAGCUCUAGACCAAGGACCAGAAAUUCAUGUGAAAGGGAUACAGCGAGGUCUUCACAGAGAAUUGAAAAAACCUGAAAAUGCUUCUAAAUUGUAUGCUGAAGCUCAAACAGUUAUCAUUCAAUCUGGAUUUCGAAGACAGCCUGGUGGUGGAGUUACCUUAGAAACCAUGACUCGUCAAACUUAUAAUGGUGUUAAACCCAGAAAGAGAGCUUUUAUCACCUCUCAACAUAAUGCGAACUUGAUUGAAAUGAACGGAGUUAUGAGUGAUCUGUGUAUGGAGGUUUUAGAAAAAGAGAUGAAAGGAAUGAGGCUUGAAAUAUCACUGCGUAAGAAGAUUUGGGAAACUGUAAAUGACGAAUAUCAAUAA